AUGAAUGUAAUAUAAGAGGUGAAAAAAUUACAUAAUGAUUUACAAAAUUCCGAAAAGAGCCAUAAAUAUAGAUAAAUAAUAGAAGAAUUAUCAGAAUACUUUCUUUUUGGAGAUCAAAAAAAAGAAGAAAUAUUUGAGUAUUCAUUAAAUAAUUUAUUAAGUUAUUUUGCAGAACAAAAUAUUUUAUACUUGUUUUUUUAGAAACUUAAGACAGCAAAUCAUCAAUUAACAAUUUUCAUUAUUGAAAAGAUGUCUAUGAUUAUGUAAAAUGCUAUCUCAAAAUAGUACUAAUCUAUAAAAUCCACUCAACUUAAAUUAUGUCUUAAGCAAUCCAGUUUUACAUGAAUUUAUAAACUAUAAUUAUGACUUUUCAAUUCCAGAAACUGUGGAUUAUUAUGUGAAUUUCUUAAAAACUAUAGCUAUCAGAAUUAAUCGAGAUAAUUUUUAUCUCUAUUUCAAUUAGCGAUAUUGUACCUUCCCUCUAUUAUGGUAAGCUCAAAAAUUUAUCAAUUAUCCAGAUGAAUUAGUUAAGAACACUGUCUAAAACAUUAUUUUAAGUUUAUCAAAAUGUAUAUUAUUGUAGAAUAUUCAUUGUAGUGUCAUCAGAUCCUAAAAGCGAAUAGCAAACUUAAUCUGUUAUAAUAAAUUAAAAUAAAAUUAUGAUUCAGUUUAAACAUUACCUUACAUCAUCACCUUUCAUUUCAGUGUACAUGAAAUAUAUAAUCCAUAUCCAAGAGAUUUUAUAAUCUAUAAAUCUAAAAUCAUAAGAUUAAUUAGAUAAAUUGGAGGAUACUCUAAUGUUUUUUAAUGAUCUUAUUUCUGAAUGUCCUUUUUUAUCAACCUUCUUAGAAAAAAUAAUUAUCGAUUAAUUAAUUUUGCCAAUUUUAGAUGGUUUAUUAUUAGGUAAAAAUACUUCAAUAAUACUUGGUUUUGAGGUAGGUUUAUUUACAAUUUAUCUAUUUCUCACAAAAUUACCUUUAGUUUAUACAAUUAUGUCUUUUUUUUAUGAAGAUUAAAUUUUUAUCGAUCCCUAAAUUUAAAAUCAUGUUUAUUAGAAAUAAUCUUAAAAAUGGUUUUAUGAUACAAAAAAUAUGGAACAAUAUUUUUAAUAAAUAUUUUAAAAGGAAUUUGAUGACAUUUAAUAUAAAAAUAAUUAAUUCAUCUAAAAUUCGAAAACUAAUUAAGUAGAAAAUCCAUAUAAAAAUUAAUUUCUUUAACUAUUAAGAGUAUUUAUAAGUUAGUAAUUUAGUCUAAAGAUAGUACAUUAUUGUAUCUAUAAUUAUCAAUUUGGUUUGUAGCAAAAUAACAUAAUUAUCAAAUACCAUCUAUUCAGAUUAUAAAAGUAAGCAUUCUAAUAUAAUUAGUUAUUUAAAAUAUAAGAGGAAUUAUAUUUUUCAAAAAAGCUUAUAGAGUUGAUAAUUUUAUUAUUGAUAAAUGAGGAUUUAAAAGAGUUGGAAUAAUUAUAUUAAGAGUUAUAAAAUAAUAUAGUCUCUAUGAUUUAGAAUUAUAAAGUUAAAAAUAAAAAAUUAAGUGAAGGAUUAUCUGUUAAUUGGGAUAUUAUCGAAAAUUUUGAUUGGGAUAAUUUUAAAGUAUCAAAACCAGAUGUAAAAUUAGAAGAUUUAAAAACUUAAAUUGAUAAUAAUAGACUUUAUGAAUUUAAAUACAUCUAUUUAUGGAUUUUGUUGAAGUGUUUAGUAAAGAAUUAUCCAAAAAAGAAAAUUGAAAAUAUCUAUAAAAUUGAUAAGGAGAUUUAACUUUACUAAGCUUGUGAAUUUAUAUAAAUACCAAAUUCAUAAAAUGUAAUAAAUAAAUAUAUAAACUAUAUAGUAUUUAAUGCUUGAUGUUGAAUAAGGAUAUAUAAUUCAUGCUUGUACUUAAAAUACAUCAAAUACAGCAAUAGUGAAAUUUCUAUAACCUUUAAAAGCUAUUGAAUGUUCAUUUAUGAAUGACAAUUUAAUAUUAGAAUGUAAUAUGCUAUGCAUAAAUAAAUUCAAACCAUAUUAAUUAAAAUUUUAAAAGGAUGUUAUAACAUCAGUAAUUGACAGAAUUUAUCAAGCAUAACAGUCAAUGAGUUAAUUAAUAAUUAAUAAAUUAGAAGCACUUUUAUGA